AUGUGCGACUCGUUCAACUAUAAUUUCAACUCCACGCGACAUUCAAUACACAGCGACAACACAUACACCCUAGAAUCGACUAGCAUGUUAUCUAUGGACGAAAUUUUCAAGGAAAUCGAGAAACCAUCAAAUUUGAUGCAUUGGAUCAUCUUAUAUUUUUGGGAUGUCGUUCUGAAAUUUCCUGUUGAAUUCCAAAAGAAACUUUUACUUUUCAUCACUGGAAGUGACCAUGUGCCAAUUGGAGGUACAGCAGAUAUGACCUUCAAGAUAACAAAAGUCGACAACACUUCGUUAUGUCUCUGCAUAAAAAUGGUGGAUCAUGAUUUGGUAAACCACCUUAUGGACGAAUUGAUUUUAAUUUUAUCCGAACUGCAUAGUGCUCUCUCUCUCUCUCUCUCUCUCUCUCUCUCUCUCACUCACUCACUCACUCACUCACACACCACAGCUCAUUACAUUAACAGUUUUCCUUCUUUGCUAUGA